AUGGAAAGCAAGUCCCAGACCCAUGUCACCAUCACGUGGAUGGAUCUGCCCACGGCCGCAGGGGAAGUCCGCGAGUCUGCAAAGGCCAUGGCGCUGUCUAUUACCCAGCGAUGGCUGCAGCAGGCCGUCCAGCCGUAUCCCAACCACCCACGCGUCUACGCCGACACCGACGCGCUGCUCGCCCAUGCACCGACACUGCGUCCCAAAUCUGAUGUCUACACAUUCGACGACGGCCGCACGCAGCUGCUGCUGUGUGUGCACGGACUGCUGCCCAUCAGCUACCGCCAGACGGGGUACAACAUCCCGGUGGCGAUCUGGCUGCCGCGUGAGUACCCGCGAGAAGCGCCGAUCGUGUAUGUAGUGCCUACUACGGAGAUGGUGGUGAGGCCCGGACGGUAUCUCGAUGUGAGCGGACGGUGCAGGAUAGAGUAUAUGCAGCAGUGGGAACGGAAGGACGAGGGUUGUAGUCUAUCUGCCCUCGUCGAUGCUCUCCAGGAGUAUUUUUCGCGAGAGCCGCCUGUGUAUGCAAAGCCGGCUGUCAGUAGAGUCGUCGCCCAGUCGCCACCGCCCCCACCGCCUCUGCCUGCUAAACCACCGAGUAGCGCUACUCCAAAUCCAGUCUCUAUAUUUACACCAGCACAGCCUCCGCCGCUCCCACCUCAUCCCGUACAGUCAUUCCGUCCGGCUAUUCCUCCUCCUCUGCUUGCCCCAUCCCAUCCAGUCCCACCACCACCACCUCCUCCUCCUCCUCCACAAUUAUUUGCAUCGCCUCACCCACCCCGGCCGGACCCUCAUCACAUCCCCAUCCCCGUCCCAGAUCUCCUUGACCAGGACAAUGACGCGUCUGCCAUCCCAGCUUCUUUCCCAGCACCACCGCCACGGCCCCCAAAUCCUGAACUCCUCCGGCUCCAAUCGGAGGUCCACCGCAAACUCACCGCAGAGUUAAACUCUCUCUCGCAGGCUCUCGCCAUUGAUGCCGAGCGGUUGCGCGCACAACAAGCCGAUCUUCUCGCCGGCGAGCCCGCUAUCAAAGACGAGAUGGCGCGUCUUGAGGCUGUUCGAGAUGUCUGUCGCAAUGUCGCAAGUAGGACCAGCCACGCCGUUCACCAAGCAGAGGCAAAUAUUGCAGAGUUGCGUAGGAAAGGCGACCCCGAGGUCGAUGAGCUCGUUUGUGCAACGAGCAUAGUCCACAAUCAGCUCAUAAACCUAAUUGCGGACGACAACGCGAUCGAAGACACCAUUUACCAUCUACACCGAGCCCUCAAUGCCGGUAGAAUAGAUUUAGAACGUUUCCUUCGGGCCACCCGUCUCUUGGCGGAGGAGCAGUUCAUGAAACGUGCACUCAUAGAGAAGAUUCAGGCCAGUACCAUGUCGUCACCGUCCGUCCCUUCUGAUUGGGCCUGA